GGGGAGGGGGGUUUGGGAGUUGGAGCCCAGGAUUGCUGACGCGGAUAGAGAGGAAAAGAGUGAGGGGGUUCAGCACAAUGUUGCUCUGGGGUUUUGUGUUCUGUCUGUUUUUUCCCCGAGCACAAAGUUAUUUUUCGGAGGAGAACUACUCGGAGGAGUCGGAGAUGCAGGCGCCCACGGUGGUGAUGGCCAUCAUCAGCCGGAACUCAGAGCAUUCUCUGCCCUAUUACCUCGGGGCUCUGGAGAGGCUCAACUACCCCAAAGAACGCAUCUCCAUCUGGGCGGCGACAGACCACAACACUGAUAACACCACUGCAGUCCUGAGGGAGUGGCUGACCGUCAUGCAGCAGUACUAUCACUACGUGGAGUGGAGGCCCAUGGACAAGCCCAUCUCUUAUGCAGGUGAACUGGGGCCUAAACACUGGACUAACAGCCGCUACGAACACGUCAUGAGGCUCAAACAGGCGGCGCUGAACUUCGCCAAGAAACGAUGGGCUGAUUAUAUCCUGUUUGCAGAUACAGACAACAUCCUGACCAACCCGGACACGCUGAACCUCCUCAUGGCUGAGAAUAAGUCUGUGAUCGCCCCCAUGCUGGACUCUCAGUCUGCUUACUCCAACUACUGGUGUGGCAUCACACCUCAGGGUUAUUACCGUCGCACAGCCGAGUAUUUCCCGACCAGGUAUCGGUCCCGGACAGGAUGUUUCCCGGUUCCCAUGGUCCAUUCCACCAUGCUGCUGGACCUGCGCAAGGAGAACACCAAGAGCCUUGCUUUCUACCCACCGCACACCGAUUACUCCUGGCCCUAUGAUGACAUCAUUGUCUUUGCCUUCUCCUGCAGAGUUUCAGAGGUUCAGAUGUACGUGUGUAAUAAAGAGCGUUACGGCUACGUGAACGUUCCCGCUAAACCGCACCAGACGGUGGAGGACGAUCGCGUUAACUUCAUCCAUCUCUACCUGGAGGCUCUGAUUGAUGGACCUCCCAUGUAUUUGUCCCGCUACACACACGUGUUUCCCAAGCAGUUGGACCUGAUGGGCUUUGAUGAGAUUUACCUGAUUAACCUGCGCAGGCGACCCGACCGCAGAGAGAGGAUGCUGUGGUCUCUCUACGAGCUGGAGAUCAGCGCUAAAGUGGUGGAUGCUGUUGACGGAGCAGCUCUGAACAGCAGUGAUAUUAAGAUCCUGGGUGUGGAUCUCCUGCCCGGAUAUUACGACCCGUUCUCCGGCCGUACGCUUACAAAAGGGGAGGUGGGAUGUUUCCUGAGCCACUACUACAUCUGGAAGGAGAUGGUGGACAUGCAGCUCGACAAAGCACUGAUCUUGGAGGACGAUGUUCGGUUUCAGGGUAACUUCAAACGGCGUGUGAUGAGGAUGAUGGAGGAGGUGGAGCAAGCCGAGCUGGACUGGGACAUCAUAUAUCUGGGCAGGAAGCAGGUUAACCCUGGUGAGGAGGAGCAGGUGGAGACAGUAAAGAACCUGGUGGUUGCUGGUUAUUCGUACUGGACGCUGUCGUACGCCAUCUCACUGCAGGGAGCUCAGAAGCUGAUCAACGCUGAACCCAUCUCCAAAAUGCUUCCCGUGGAUGAGUUCCUGCCCAUCAUGUACGACAAACAUCCCAAUGAAGAUUACAAAUCCCACUUCCUGAACCGGAACCUGCAGGCGUUUUCAGCGAGCCCCCUGCUGGUGCAGCCCUGUCACUACGCGGGUGAUGUGGAGUGGGUGAGUGACACGGAGACGUCCACGGUGUGGGAUGACGAUAAUGUCCCCACAGACUGGAGGGGCUCGUACAAGAGCCUGAAGGGUGGAUCUCCACCUCCUGGCAUUCAGAGCGCCACCUACAGGGAUGAGCUGUGAAACACAGAACUCAGUGUGUGUGUGUGUGUGUGUGAGACAGAGAGAGACAUGUACAGAAUGUACAGCAUGUAACAAAAAAUGUUCCUGAACACAGACACAUGGGGACUGAAAUCUGUGACACACAACAAACCUUUAAUAGCCUCUGUGUGUGUGUGUGUGUGUGUGUGUGUGUGUGUGUGUGUGUGUGUGUGUGUUUCUCAGGUACAUACUGUAAAGUGCAGUCUGUACAGAAUCAAUUUUGUCAAUUUUAAAGAAAUAAAAAAAAUGAAUAAAUUUAAUCAGUCUGGGAAAAUAGAUAUGAUAUUUUAUUAUUGUUGUUUUUUUUUUGUUUAUUUUAUUUAAUUUUUUUCCAAAAAAAAAAAAAUGCUCUAGUUACUUAUUACUUUGUUCCUGAUGUUUCAGAUGCUUCAGACAUGUUGGUGAGUAGAUAUUUAGGCUAAAGAUUUUUAAUUGUCCUGUACGCAGAAGUCUGAUCCGAAUCCGUUUAGGGAUUUUAUAUAAACCUUCAUGGCAUCCAAAUCAUAUAGCAUUUUUUUUUGUAUUUUUAACGUUUGUGGCUCUUUUUUUAUUAUUAAAAACAAAACAAAAAAAUAUUUACUCUAUAAAUAAGACAAUUAUUUUUCACAUUGAUUCAGACAGUAAAUCAGCUAGUGCACGUCUCACGCUAAAGACAAUCAGACACAGUGUGGCUCUGUGUGCAUGCGUGUUCAUCAGAACGCAUUCGCUCUUCCUCUAUAAUGUCCGGUUGUUUCAUCAUCCUCAUACUUGUGAAGUCUCUUAUUUAUUUCCUGAAACUUUUCAUCAUCCUUUGUAUCUCUUUCUGCUGAAAAAGUGCAGCUGAUGAAAAGAUGUCAUCUGUUUGAAUUUUGGUCUUUUUUUUUUUUUUUUACAGAAAUAUAAAAUAAAGUUUUUAAUAAUUAAA